GGGAACUUAACGACGAAACGGAAGUCCCCCGUGAGCGUCUUGAUGGAAUGUAGUGAGUUGGCUAGCUUGAUAGCAAAUUAGCUGUAAAGUCGACGAAUUGUCCUGUCAAACAUUGAAGAUAUAUCGAGUGGUCUUUAAAUAUUUAUCCAACGAUGCCAGAGCCUGCGGAGAUGAACAGUCCUGAGAUGGCGAAAACACCAGGUGGCAGCAGUGCCCCUGGGAAAGAGAACGUGGCCAAUGGGCACAAGGAGGGAGAGGUGGGCAACAACAACAACCCCUUCGCUGACUACAUGUGGAUGGAGAACGAGGAGGAUUACAACAGACAGGUGGAGGAGGAGCUUCUGGAACAGGAGUUCUUAGAACGCUGUUUCCAGGAAAUGCUGGAAGAGGAGGAUCAGGAUUGGUUCAUCCCCGCCAGAGACCUCGCCCCUGGGGUGGGGCAGAUUCAGCAACAGCUCAACGGGCUAUCUGUCUCCAAUGGCAACGCAGAUGAACUCGCGCGCAAGAGCAGCUUGAACCCAGAGGCGAAGGAGUUUGUUCCGGGAAUGAAAUACUAGGGUCCUCCUGCCAGUAGGGGGAACCCUCAUAAAGACUCUUUGUGACUGCUGGCUUCCCAGCAGACACCCUUGCACUUGCCUGCUUUUGGGCUGUGUGGGGUACAUGGGGUGGGGUUGGAGGGUGGGCUGGGGUAUACUCUUCAAUAAGCUUUUGGUCGCAUUCCUCUGCUCAGACGUUGCAUGCAUCAACCUAUGGUUACGUGCCAAGUCAUCUACUGUGCCGUCGGGCACCAGAUUGCUAUGACAUGUGGUUAGGGUUAUAAAUAAAAUACCUAUUAAAUAAAAUACCUAUUCAGGAGUUGUAAGAUCUGGAAUGUGUCAGCACCGUCUGAGUAGGGGAACGCAGCCUUUUAUUUCCGUUUUGUUCCUAUGUGGUUAACUAGGCAGGGGGCAGUGAUGGGAGAAGGGUGGGCAGGGGCCAUAUCAGUAUAAAAUAAUCCUAUUGGACAGAAUGGGAGGGGCCAUCAGUAUAAGAUGUUCUUAUUGGACAGACUGCAGAACUGGAGGUCAGAUCUGCGUAGAAAGUUUGGUGUUUUAUUUUUGUUCUUUCUCCUCAAUCUCAAGUGCAGCCGUGUGAGUCUGUCGUCGUGGUGAUCGUGGCUGGAGAUUUCUCUCCCCUGAUCAUUGUUGCAGUUUCCUUUUUUUGUCUUCUCUUUUCUGGAUGUUUUUCUUUUCCUCGGAGGCUGGUUUUAGGGUAGGUAGUGUGUAGGGCAAAGUAGGCUUGGCGAAAGAUGGACAGACUGCAGUGUACAGAAGGAUUGGAUGGGAUUUGGCUGCGGGGUGUAGCUGACCUGCGAGGGAUUUCCAUGGCAACAAUUUCGUUUUUUCGUUUGGUUGAUAUGUAAAAACUUGAGUUGAAAUCCUGUCACAGUGUGCGACUUGCAUUAACAAACGAGGACAAAGUAUGAUGGAAUAAAGAUCAGGUACCCUCUGGGA